AUGAGUAACGACGAUGUCAGUUAUUUGGUGGAGAACGAUGAAGUGUGGAGAUGUGACCCGUGUGCUCAGACACGCCGUAAGAGUAUGGUCCUUGAGUCCAAGACCAGUGUGUCUUACGAUGAUGUUCUCAAGCUUGUGACAGAGAUUAAAGAUGACUUCAAGCGAGUUGAGACUAGCCUCGGCGGCUCUUUAAACGCCUGUCACGAGGAGAUAGCCCAGAUCAAGGAUCUGGUCAACAAGCAGAGGGAGGAGUUGACAGCGUGGGCGAAGAUUGCUGAGGAUCUGAGGAGUGAGAAUGCUUCCCUUCGCCGUCAGGUCUCAAGUCUGGAGGCCAGGAUGGACGAGGCAGAGCAAUACUCGCGGCGUAACACCCUUGAGAUACAUGGCAUCCCAGUGGAGAAGAAAGGUGAGAACGUGGUGAGUCUGGUGAAGAUGGUGGGAAGGGCCCUCGACUACCCCGUGGAAGACGGCAUGAUCGACGCGUGUCAUAGACUCCGCACGAGGGACGGUUCCGGGAAACCACCUGGAAUCGUCGUGAAGAUGGUUAGGAGGUUGGACGCUGAGGGUCUGCUGCAGAAGCGGAGGGUGAAGAGGAACCUCAACACACAUGACCUAGGACAUACUUCGAGACCUGCAGAUGUGGUGUAUGUGAAUGAGAGCUUGGCUCCUGGUCGUCGCAAACUUCUCAAUGCUGCGCGCCAAGUGAAGAAAGACAAGGCUUACACCUACCUCUGGAUAAGAGGUGGCAAGAUCCUAAUGAGGAAGAAUGCAGGCGAUCGUGUGAAGGUAGUAACAACUAUGGACGAUCUGGCAAACUUGUAA